CUUUUUUGGAUAUUUAUUCACUUUGUAAGCACCUCGCUUCAGAUGAGAAUAUUGAAUAGUCUACAGAGAUAAGGAUAAGUCCUUUUGCCUCUGGACCCGUGGACAUAACCAAUCCGUCCAAAUUGGGAAAAAUGAAUUAGGGCUUCAUAUGGAUGCAAACAAUGCAAACAAUGCAAACAAUGCAAACAAUGCAAACAAUGCAAACAAUGCAUGUAGUUUUCUUUAUCUCAGCUUCAAAAAAAUAUACUCGAUUGCAUAUUUUUGAGUAGCCCAACCCUUGCUCCGUGGGAAAUCCUCUCAUAGUUGUCAAUCGCAAAUGUCCUCAGCAGCUAUCUCUCCCAAAGCACGACGGAUUAUCCUCACAGCCGGCGUCACAAUAUGCACAAUUACGGGCUCGUUAUACGGAGCACGCUUGAGAAUGGAUCAGGAUGCAAAGAAGGAAGCUGAGAAACAACGAUCCGCCACUCCGGCGGAGAAAAUUCAAGCUCUCGAAGCAACCCGGGAGGAACUCGUUAAGCGUCGAGCGUCGCUGGAAAAGCAGAUAGGGGAGCUGCGGGCCAGACAGGAGAGCAGGCGCAGGAAUGAGAGCAUUGGUAACAGUGGGCGGGAGCGGUGAAAUAGAGCAUAAGGUUUUCUGAACAGGCAUUUAUAAAGAAGCCGUUGGGUUUUUCACAAUGCAAUAAGGAACUCCCCCGAUUCGAUCGCUCUGUGGUGUUGGUUUGUACAGUAAUAUAUUGCUAAUCCUGUUAUCGCCAACACAUUUUGCUUCAUUUUCCAAGGGCUUCAAAUAUUUGGCCAUGUCUCAUUCUAUUUAGCAUUAAUGCCAUUCAUUGCCUCUCAGUAUUCUUAACACGCACACUACAAAACAACUUUUUCUCUUCGAAACCAUCCGUAUCUCCCAUAAAUCCAAAGCAUAAUGCUUUCGCACUUUACUCCUCGGCACACACCAGCCCUCCUCGUCGCGUCAGCCACCACCUUCGGCGGACUACUACCAUUCUUCAAUGCCGAGUAGGCGAUCAAAGAAUUCGGUCUUCCACAGCGCAUUGCGGUCUCCAAACAAGCCCAAUCGGUGAUGGUCACACAGUCAGCGCGCACCACUGCCAUUGGAAUUACGCUAUUGACGUUCUACUCCCAAGACAAGCUCACUGAAUUCGAUACCAUCCUUGUAAUCCUCGCUUACCUGGGUUUGGUGGAUGGUUACGUGUGCUGGCGUGAAGGGAUGCCUGGGAAGGCGGCUUUCCGUGCAGCUGUGGGCUUUUUAAUCGCUGCCUGGGGCUGGUGCGGGAUGACUGUGGGACGAUGAUGAGUGCUUUUAGCAGAGGGGGGGGCGCGUGAGGGGUGUUUAUCUGUUUUGGGCUUCCUCGGUGUGCUGGAAGCAUGGUAUGAUGGAUGAGGAUAAUUAUGUAGCGUACAAUAAAUGUGCAUGUGUGGGAACAAGAGAAUUAUUCCAGACAGUUUUUACAAAUAUCAGUAAACAUUUUAUAUAGGAGUCAUUAAGUUUCAUUUUUUUUUUUAUACGCUCUGUAAUUAUUGCAUGUUGGCUCAUGUAUUCGUUGGGCUUUGGUGUAGAUUUCAUUAUUUCGUCGCCG